CUCCACCCUCCAGUCGCUCACAGGACAUACUGAGGUGCGCACGACUACUCCUCUGCCUUGCCGUGUGAGGGAAGGUCCAUUCUCACCACCACCACCAUCUCCACCGACACCACCGACACCACCAGCAUGCCGGCCAAGCGCGUGCCCACCAGCGACACCACGGAGGCCCUCACGGCGGAGCUGGAGCCCAUGACUCCCAAGGAGGAGAGGCCACCUGGGGAGGUGGGCGAGGAUGAAACGCAAAAGACACAGCUCAAGAAGGAACUCGGCUUGCUGGAGGGCGUGGCCAUCAUCCUUGGCAUCAUUGCAUCUUCAUCUCGCCCAAGGGAGUGCUGAGGGAGACAGGCAGCGUGGGCAUGUCGCUGGAGGUGUGGGUGAUGUGUGGCCUCAUGUCGCUGGUGGGCGCGCUAUGCUAUGCAGAGCUGGGCACAUCCAUACCAAAAUCAGGCGGAGACUAUGCGUACAUUAAUGCUGGCUUUGGCUCCCUCCCUGCCUUCCUUUUCCUCUGGGCUGCCAACCUCAUCUUUGUGUAAAGCCCACCACCAAUGCCAUCAUGCCGCUGGCCUUUGCCAAGUAUGUGAUUCAACCAUUCUUCCCCAACUGUGACCUGCCAGACGAUGCUGUGCGGCUCAUUGCAGCACUGUCCAUAUGCUUCCUGACAGCACUGAAUUGCUGGAAUGUACGAGUCACCACCAAGCUGCAGGAUUUCUUCAUGGUGACCAAGAUUGGUGCAUUGCUCAUUGUCAUCAUUGCUGGCAUCGUCCACCUUUGCAUGGGCAACACUGGGAACCUCCACAACUCCUUCCAGGGCACCAGCACUGAGCCAGGCGAGAUAGCUGUCUCCUUCUACUCAGGUAUAUUUUCCUAUGCUGGAUGGAACUACCUCAACUUCAUGACGGAGGAGCUGAAGAACCCAUUUGUUAACCUGCCCCGGGCCAUCUACAUCUCCCUGCCACUGGUGACGCUGGUCUACGCGAUGGCCAGUGUUGCCUGCCUGGCUGUGCUCUCCCCCGACAUGCUGGCCUCUGAUGCCAUUGCUGUUACCUUUGCUGACCGUCUAAUGGGCAGCAGCAGCUGGGUGAUGCCCUUGCUGGUGGCCCUCUCAGCCUUUGGUGGUCUCUCAGUGCACAUCAUGACUUCCUCCAGGCUGUGCUUCAUGGGUGCAAGACAAGGCCACUUCCCAGACAACCUUGCUCUCAUCAACUGCAAAUGCAACACUCCAAUGUCUUCUCUCAUCUUCCUGGUGAACAUCAUCGUUCCCAUCGCCUUCCUGCUGGUGUGUGGCUUCCUGGUGUUUCUGCCGCUGUAUGUGCGGCCAUAUGAGGUGGGCAUGGGCCUGCUCAUCACUGGCUCUGGGGUGCCUGCCUACUUCCUCUUUGUGUACUGGCAGAACAAGCCAAAAAUUGUCAGAACAGCACUUGCAUCACCUGACCUGGUGUCCACACAUCCAAAACUGACAUUGUCCUGUGUCCUUCCAACAGACCAACUCACUGUUUGGACACAGUUGCUCUUCGUAUCUGUGAAAACUGAGUGAGGAGUGACUGACUGCACCUCCUCUACCAUUACUACCAAAACUCCUCUUGGGCUACAGCUAUCAUUGUGCUCGUAGCUCAAUGGGUAAAGAGUUGUGUACCUUGAAUGUUUUGAUGGGAAUCCUAGUGCUAUUCCCCUUAUGCCUUGCUCAGCAGGUGUCUGUGAGACCUGUGGAUGGUGGUGUUAUCACUGUCAAAAAUGUUUUAUUGUCCCACACUUUUUCCCAUUAUCUUUAACAUUUUCCCUUAGUAUUAAGUCAAUAAUCCACAGACUCUCCUCACAAAUAUAACAGGUGACAGAUGCUAAGGAGGUCACAGGACUUAAGAUUGAGGGAAAUGCUAAACACUGGGAGUGAGUGUGGCAAAUUACAUGACCUCUAACCAGACUAGACCAACAGGAUAAAUGAACAUGGCCUAACUCCAGGCUGUGCUGUGUGGAGGCAGUCCUGGGGUGAGGUGACAGCUGGUGUGACACUCAUAGUCACUGGAGCAGCCAAGAAGCCUCACGACAAUUAUAAAAUGAUUAGCCUUGGCUCAAGCCUUUGUUAUCAGCUAGGCUUGCCUCCUUCACAGUGCUCCUGUCUUCCCCUCUGGUGGUCAGCCACUGCCUGCACCUCUGCCUUGUAGGGAAUUUACAUCCUGCUCAUGAGUGACACGAUGAAGAAAAGGAAAUAAAUGUACAUCUUUUCAUCUCUGCAUGGGACAAAUAAGGGCUGUGUGUGUGUGUGUGUGUGUGUGUGUGUGUGUGUGUGUGUGUGUGUGUGUGUGUGUGUGUGUGUGUGUGUUUCAUAAUUUAUCUUAUUUUUUUUCUGGGCAUUUAUGGUGCUGAAAGACAAGAAAAUUCAUGCAUACUUUAUGAUCACUCAUUAUUAAUCUUUUUAUUUUAUUAUCCUUUUCAUUAUCAUCAAGACCAUGUUGGGCUUUAAUUAAUGUGUGUGUGUGUGUGUGUGUGUGUGUGUGUAAUUAUAGAUAUGUAGUUGAAUGUAUUCAUGUCCGGUGGCAAAUCAGAUGUAUUUUGCUCAUUGGUGAGAGAGAGAGAGAGAGAGAGAGAGUAGUUUUGGCCCAACAGUGGGUAAUGAUGAUGUGUAAAGCAUAUUUUACUAGAAGCAAAUGAGGCAAUGUGUCCGCCAGGCAUCAACAUGUCACUUCAUUGUUACCAUGUUUUUAAGAAUGAAAUAAAUGUGCCUUUUUUACA